UCUCUCUGUUUCUCAAGGUUUUCUGCAGGAAUGGAGCUGAGCACCGUAAAAGAUGCAUUUGAGCAACAGCUGAGUACUGUAAAAGAUACAUUUGAGCGUGUUGCUAAGAAGCAAAAACUGUCAUCAUCCAAGUCUCAAGAGGUAAUUGAUCAGGUCAGUCAUGAAAUUGAACAAGCAUUGGCAAACAUAAAGUCAGUUCAAGGUCCCAUGUCUCCUGUUGAUCAGAAAUCCAUCCUCACUGAGCUAAAGGAUAGGCUAAAUGCAAUUAGUCCACUAAGCCAAUUAGAAGGAUCACUGAAAGAACUAAACAUUGAUCUUAGCAAGUACCCAAAAGUCCUUGAAAAAACUUUCAAUCCUGACAUAUCCAAGAGUUACAGAAAUUUUGACUUUGACUUCCAUAUAGUGAAUCAGAUAAUAAGAAGCCAUUUUUACCGGCAAGGACUCUUUGAUCUUGGGGAUUGCCUAAUACAUGAGGCUGGAGAACCAGAAGCAACAGCCUUAAGAUCUCAAUUCUUGGAAUUGCAUAAAAUACUUGAUGCUAUUAAGGUUAAAAACCUUGAGCCUGCCCUUAAAUGGGCUUCCACCAACCGUGAAAAGCUCCAGCUGAAUGGUUCAAAUCUGGAGCUUAAAAUUCAUCACCUGCAGUUUGCGGAGAUUUUGAAGGGAGGAAAUCGUGCUGCUGCCCUUAAUUAUGCCAGAAAGUUCCUUUCUCCUUUUGCUUCACUCCAUAUGAAAGAAAUUCAGAAGCUCAUAGUUUGCAUCUGUUGGAUGGGGAAGCUUGAAAGCAAUCCUCAUUCUAUGUUGUUGGCUCCAACCCAUUGGGUAAAGUUGUCAGAGGAGCUGACUUGGGAUUUCUGCAAUCUUGUAGGACAGUCAUACGGGAACCCAUUGAGCUUGACAAUAGCAGCUGGGAUUGAGGGGUUGCCAACUCUCUUGAAGCUGGCAAAUGUAAUGGCUGCAAAGAGGCAAGAGUGGCAGGCAAUGAAACAACUCCCAGUGCCAGUGGAAUUGGGAAAAGAAUAUCAGUUCCAUUCGAUUUUUGUUUGUCCUGUGAGUAGGGAACAAGGCAGUGAAGAUAAUCCACCAAUGCUGAUGCCAUGUCUGCAUGUUCUCUGCAAGCAAUCAAUCACCAAAAUGUCUAAAGGUAGCUCACGGACAUUCAAGUGUCCUUACUGCCCAACUCAGAUGAAGAUGAAGAAGAUCUCAGGAAGAAACAUAGCAAUGAUGGUUCUUGUGGUCGCACUCAUUGCUUUGAUGGUAAAUUCAGCAGCUGCUCAAAGGGGCGGAGGCGGAGGUGGAGGUGGCAGGGGUGGUGGUGGUGGUGGUGGCGGUAGUAGUCGUGGCAGUGGAGGAGGUAGCGUUGGUCGGGGUGCUAAAGGUGGUGGUAGUGGUGGUAGCAGCGGAGGUGUAGGUACUGGCACUCAAGGUAGAGGUGUUGUAGUUGGUGGUGGUGUUAUCGUAGGAACUGCUGGCGGUGCUUUGGCUGCAGGUGGUGGUACGAGAGGCAACGGAGGUCAUCAUAACACAACCUCUGCGUCCGUCACAUGGGGAGCGGCUUCCAAGUAUGGGUUCAUUGAACGGCUAUCUUUAAUACCAGUAAUUUUCUUGCUGGUCUAAGGGAUGCAGAGUAAAUUAUUUUUUUUUUAUUGUCCAUAAAUUCUACUUUAUUUCCUGAAGAUAGGAUUAUAAUUUGGUUUAUGUUGAAUAAUGGUGGCAAAUAGGCUUGGCACACAUGAAUCUAUUGUGCUGGA